GUAUAUAAGAUGUUGUCUCGUGCAAGAGCUUCAGUCGUUCUUGACUCUCUGACCAUAGAGAUACUCUCGUUCGUAUAGAAGAAAAAAGAAAUCCAAAAAGAAGAAGAAAAAAGAAUCAAAACGAAACGAAAGAAAUAUCGCGAGUGAUAACCAAUCGAAUCACAAAGUGAGAACACCAUGAGAUUGUUCAGUUUCGUGCCAGUGUUGGUACUACUUUUCAUUCAAGAUUCCUUUGCUAAACCAGGUUUAAUUGGUGAUUUGACAUCUGGUUUAUCAAGUGGAAGUCUUUUGGAUCCACUUGGACUAUUUAGCAAAGGAGAUAAGAGUCAGGCUUCUGCCAAUAGCAAUGCUCAAUCAUUAGGUACCAAUUUGAAUCUUGGACCAUUGGGCCUGUCCAGCAAUUUGGCAUCAUCCUCGGCAUCAGCAACAGCCCAUGGGGGUGGUUCUGCAUCUGCCAAGGCAAAUUCUAAUGCUCAAAGUUAUGGUUAUAAUGGUGCCAGUGCUAACGCCAAUGCUAACGCCAACGCCAACGCCAACGCCAAUGCCAAUGCCAACGCCAAUGCUGGAACUUCAGCCAAUGGUGGUGCACAAGGCUAUGAUGGUUCUUCGAGUCUUUACAACGAUGGAUCUUUAAAUAACAAUGAUAUCACUGGCAACUAUAAUUUAAGACCAAGUGAACCUUAUUCGAACAAUAUCUUUCCUUCGAAUGGACAAUACGGCGGUUACGAUGGUUCCUCAUAUAAUUCUGGAAAUGCUCAGUCAAAUGCUAAUGCAAAUGCUGAUGCAUAUAGUGGUAACAAUGGAGGUACUUUGCUUCCAUCAAAACCAAACCCAUCUUUGGGACCAACUUAUGUCGCUGAUUAUGGCCCAUCUUAUCCUCAGUACCAAGGAAAUAGUGGUAGUACUUCUGGAAAUUCAAAUGCAUAUUCUAGUGCCAAUGCAAAUGCAAAUGCUAAUGUUAAUUCUGGUAGGACUGAGUAUGGAUAUAACAUACCCGAAUCAAUUCCUAUAAAUAUCCCACAAACGGUACAACGACCACAACCUACCUUACAUCAGAAACCUGUAAUAAUAAAUCAAUCUCCACCAAACCCGAUAAUUCGGCAACCUAUACAAAAUUCAAAUGCUCAUUCCAGUGUCAGUGCAAAUGCAAAUGCUAAUGCUAAUAAGAUUGACCGUGGAUAUAGAGUACCAGUAAUCGAAUCCAUUCCUAUAAACGUUCCGCAAAAUAUUCAACGACCACAACCUGUCCAACAAAGACCUGUAAUAAUAACUCGACCUCCACCACACCCAAUACAUCAACAACAAAGACCGAUUAUUCAUAGUGUUCCUGAGUUACAUAAUUCAGCAACACUGCCAGUGGUUAUCGUCGAAGGUCCGCAACAACAACCAAUAAGCAGACCUGGUGUCUAUCCUCAACAUCGACCUCAUUAUCAUCAUCCACAUAGACCAAAGCAACAACCUAUUGAAAUCUUCGUUAUCGAUGGUGACAGCAUUCCGACUCAAGCUCAAGGUGGAUAUCAUGGCAAUUAUGGCGCAAAUUCAGGCGGAUCCGGGCAAUAUAAUGGAAAUUAUGGUUCUGGAACAGGUCAUAGAAGAGGAAAUCCUUUCCUAAAUGGUGGAUCAACUAGUAAUGCCAAUGCCGCAGCUAAUGCCAAUGCUAAUGCUAAUGCUGCUGGUCAGUCUGGAUCACUUGGAUAUAAUGGUGGAGGUGAAUAUCUUGGUAAUAUCGGAGCAAACAAUCCUUUCCUUAGUGGAUCUGGAAGUGCUGGAGCAAAUGCAAAUGCAAAUGCAAAUGCAAAUGCAAAUGCAAAUGCAAAUGCUAAUGCUAAUGCUCAGGGACACGGUCAAGGACAAAUUGGAGCACAGAAUCCUUUCUUAACUGGUGGAUCAAGUAAUCUUGGUAAAUAUGGUAGUCUUGGUGGAUCUAGCAAUCUUCAAACAGGGACAGGACAUUAUCAAGGACAUGUUCAAGGAAUACCUACCCAAAUUCCAUCAAAACCAAAUUGUGGUGGUUCUGGAUGUAACAACGGUCCUUCGAUAGUAAUAAUUGAUCAAAACAAACCUAAAGGUAUACCAACGACUCUACCAAAAGAAACAAAUUCUGGAUAUUAUGGUGGAAGCCAAGCAGGAAGUUUAGCAAAUGCUAAUACUGGAAGUUAUGCUGGUACACAAAAUCAACCUACCAAAGGUGCCCCAAUCAUUUUAAAUGGACCUAAUUAUGGUGGUCAGCCUAAAUAUCCAAGUACCGGACAAUCAGGAUUCUUGGGUGGAAACUAUGGAAGUGGUAGCGGGUCUGCCGGAUCCAAUGCAAAUGCUAUUUCAUCGGCUAAUGCUGGAAGUUCUGGAUCUGGAUCAGGUGGUUAUGGUGGGCAGAGUAACGUACCACUUAAAGGAAGUCCUAUUUUCGAUCUUGGAGGAUCUGGUUCAGGAAACUUGGGUGGUUAUGGAAGCGGUAGUGGCUCGGCAGGAUCCAAUGCAAAUGCUAUUUCAUCGGCUAAUGCUGGAAGUUCUGGAUCUGGUACAGGUGGUUAUGGUGGACAGAGUAAUGUACCACUUAAAGGAAGUCCUAUUUUGAGUCUUGGAGGAUCUGGUUCAGGAAACUUGGGUGGUUAUGGAAGCGGUAGUGGCUCGGCAGGAUCCAAUGCAAAUGCUAUUUCAUCGGCUAACGCUGGAAGUUCUGGAUCUGGAUCAGGUGGUUACAAUGGACAAGGUGGAUAUGGCGGAGGAUAUGGCGGUGGUUCAUCAGGUAGUUCUGGAUCUGGAGGUGGAGGAUUCGGUGGAAGUAUUGGUGGAGGUGCUUUAGGAGGAAGUUCUGGAUCUGGAAGUGGAGGAUUCGGUGGAAGUACUGGUGGAGGUGCUUUAGGAGGAUCUGGAAGUGGAGGAUUCGGUGGAAGUACUGGUGGAGGUGCUUUAGGAGGAAGUUCUGGAUCUGGAGGAUCAGGAUUUGGUGGAAGUACUGGUGGAGGUGCUUUAGGAGGAAGUUCUGGAUCUGGAGGAUCAGGUUUCGGUGGAAGUACUGGUGGAGGUGCUUUUGGUGGAAACGCUGGAUCUGGAGGCUCAGGAUUCAGUGGAAGUAAUGGUGGAGGUGCUUUUGGUGGAAACGCUGGAUCUGGAGGCUCUGGAUUUGGUGGUGGUUCUGCCGGAUCGAGUGCCAGUGCUAAUGCCGAUGCAAAUUCUGGCUCUUCUGGUGGAUUUGGUGGUUAUGGAGGUGGCAACAUAAAGGGAUCUGGAUCAGGCUUCGGAGGAUUUGGUGGACAAGGUGGUUCAAGCGGCUACGGUGGAAAUCAUGGAGGUUCGGGAAGUUUAGGUGGAGGAUACGGUUCUUCUGGAUCAAACGCUGCUGCCAAUGCCGAUGCUAGUGCCAAUGCUGGAAGUUCAGGUGGUUCAAGAGGAUCAGGAUACGGUGGGUCAAGCAUAUUAGGAGGUUAUGGAAAUAAAGGAUACGGUGGAGGAUCAGGAUCAAGCGCUUAUUCCGACGCUAACUCUUCUGCUAGUGCUGGUGGAUCGUCCCAUGCAACUUCAAAUGCAAAAUCAAGUGCAUUUUCGAGUGCCGGUGGAUCGGCCAAUGCCAAAGCUAAUGCUGAGGCAUCCAGUAGUGCUACAGGAUUCGGUUCGAAAUCAUCGGCAUCGAGUCAUGCAUCUGCUACUGCUGAUACCAGUGACAUGCUCGUAUUCGUGGACUGACCUCAACAUUCCAACGACGAUUUAUCAGGCAUUCGAUAAAGCGAUUCCUAUAUGGUUCAUUUUCGCAAAGUGACCGAAGUUAUUAAUUGCACGAUUCAACUUCUUUUUCUUUGUUUUGUUUCUUCUUUUUUUUUUGUUAUUUUAGCAAUUUUUAUAAUUCUGCGAGUAACUUUUGCCAUUAAUGUUGUAAUACAAUUGUUUUUUGUAAAUACCUUUAUUCGAUUUUUGUGCUUUUUUAUUACUUUUUUUUUUUAUAUUGAAUUAUGUCACAUUAUUUCCAAUUGUAAACAAUAUAUAAGAUUGUUGUGCCGAGUAAAAUUUUUUUUUAUAAUUUGUUUUCAUUUUUUAUUCGAAGAUAUUGCAAAAAAAAAGAUUGUGUUGUUUGGUAGGCCCAUACUUUUUAAUGGAUAUAGGAAUCGAGUAAUAUGAUAUAAUACUCGGAUUAUACAAUAUCUGCUUAACUUCCGAUAAAACACGUGACUAAUUGUUGAUAAUGUCGAAUCGAAGAUAAUAGGAACCAUUUGUUCACGUUAGAAUUAAACUUUGUACAAAACCGGUAUAGUAGUUUGUAAUACGUGUAACUAGGCAUGUCAUUGUGAACUAUAAUUGCAUUGUUCAUUUCUGUGUCUCCCUCGAGCUAUUUGUCGAUAUUGUUAAUCUUUAAUAUCUAAUAUUAAAUUAGAUAUAUAUCCUCGCUUAGAUAAAUUAUUUUGAUUUAGAAGUGACCAUAACACAUUGAUAAAACGAAAAUUAUUUCUUAUAUUUUGUUAUUCCCUCAAAAUCAUAGAAUUUACAUAAAAUUAUUUAGAAUGAAGUGUUUAGAAAAAAAAAGAACUAGAGAAAAGAAAAAUACAGUAUUUUUAUAUUCAUUUGUUAUUAAUCUUUUAUGAAACGUAUACACGCACUCAUUUACGCACCUACGUAAUUUUCAAUGUAACAUGUCAGAAAUUUAAUUGUGAUUUGUUUUUUAACUAUGAAUAUUAUGAGAUUAGGAUGAGAAAGAUAUAUAUAUAUAUAUAUGUGUGUGUGUGUGUGUGGAAGAUAAAACAACUGUAAUCAACGUUUAAUUUGUCCUAAGGAUUAUUGUACGAUUUUUUUUUUCUUUUUUUUUUGUAAUUCAUAUAUAAUUAUCAAGAAUUACUUUAACAUCGAACAUUAUUCGUUUCGGAUUUUCCUUGAAAUUCUCCUCUAUUAUCAACUUCUUAUCUUGUAUGCGCUUGACGUAAACACUCUUUCAUUCUCGUCUCUCUUACAUAAUAUUUUACUGCGCGUCUUAUUUGUAAGCACUAAAAAUUUGAAAUAAAAUUUACGAUACAUUCGA